AAUAAUAAUAUAUCUAUGAACACGACAACAAAAUGGUGGAAAAAAAAAAGAAUAUAAAAAGGCAGCCAUGAAAGCAGCUUGAAGAAGAAGCUAGAGCUUUUUAGAGAGAGAAUCUAGAGAGAGAAACAUGUCGUCGUUCGAUACGUUCAGCGUCGACGGCGAAGAAUCAACAACGAUCCGUUCAUCCGGUCAAUUCGAUGAAGGUUACUUCGACACAAACGAUUCAUACUCCAACUUCUCCACCGCCGAUACGGCGCCGUAUCAGUUUCCGGCCGACAGUGAGCAUGUAGACAGUUCAGAUCCGUACGGAUUCGGUUCAAAUCCGGAUCCGGAUCAGACCUCUUCACCGUUCGAUUCUUCAUCGGUUCCGAUUUCGAACGGUGUUAGUCCGAGUUACGGCGUUGGAGAAGAUGCUGACGGAAUAUUCGCUUCUGACGGACCGGUGCUUCCGCCGCCUAGUGAGAUGAGAGAAGAAGGUUUUGCACUUCGCGAGUGGCGGAGGCUGAAUGCAAUUCGACUAGAGGAGAAGGAGGCUAAAGAGAAGGAAUUAAGAAGUCAGAUCAUCCAAGAAGGCGAGGAAUAUAUACGCGCUUUCCAUGAAAAGAGACUAAAGAACAUCGAGACAAACAAACUCACCAACAGAGAAGGCGAGAAGAUGUAUGUAGCGAAGCAAGAAACAUUCCACAAAGAAGCUGAUAAACAAUACUGGAAAGCGAUAGCCGAGCUGAUUCCUCGUGAGGUUCCCAACAUUGAAAAACGAGGCAAGAAAGAUAAAGACAAAAAACCAUCGAUCACAGUUGUUCAAGGACCGAAGCCUGGAAAACCCACCGAUCUAUCAAGGUUGCGUCACAUCUUGGUGAAACUGAAGCACACUCCACCCGCCCACAUGAUUCCACCACCACCACCACCACCUGCCGCCACCAAAGAAGGAGAAAAGGAAGGUGCUAAAGAUGAUAAAACGGUUUCCAAAGACGCAGCAGCGGCUUCAAACGCUACUGCUGAAGCUCCGGCUGCACCAAUUGAACAACCUGCCGCCUAAAUUCUAUAUACUAAAUGAUAUGAAAGAUGUUAGUUUUUUUUUUUUUUUUUUUUUGUUAUGUUUAUGAUCGUAUAAGUUUCUUCUGUGUGUGGAUGCAGAGGAUUGAACACCAUAAUCAACUGCAAUAUGUUUGGUAGACUUGUUUGUUUAAAGUUUUUCCUCUUUUAAGAACAUACAGUUGUAAGGGUAUCAUGUUUAAAAUAUUAUUGUUUCGAUUUCCUCUA